GUUCCUUCAACAAAUCAGUUAUCGUCUUGCUGGCGAUGCUCGGCUCGAUCGGGAUGACCAUGAUCAUCCUGGCGUGUGCGCUUCCCACAUUCAAGGUUUGGUGGCCAUUCUUUGUAGUGCUGUUCUACCUGAUAUGUCCAAUACCGACGUUGAUUGCCAAACGAAACCAAUCGGACGAUGACGAUUCGCGGAUCACCAACUCGAUGUUUGCCACUAUCGGAAUUGUCAUCAGCAGCUUCGCUCUUCCGAUAGUUCUCGCCAGAGCGUCAGUGAUCCAUUGGGGUGCGUGCUAUUUAACAUCAGCUGGCAACGUAAUCGCUUACAUCACUAUACUGGGCUACUUCUUUGGGUACGAAUCGGGAGAUUCCUGGUAGAAGAAACACUAAAUAUUAAAGAUAUGAAAACAUAUUCCACUAUUCGUUUUUCGUUUUCCUAGAGGCAAACGUUUAGUUCAUUUUUUUGUUGUUGUAAAAACCUAUGCGCAGUUCAGUUCACUAAAUAUAAUAAUGUGUAUUUAUAUUAAUUUCUUUAGGUUCUUAAUUCGAAACAGGUGAUUUUUUUCCGUUCAAUAAGUUUUCGAUCAGAAAGGAGAACGUAAUACUAUCAAAGAAUUCGCGAAAUAAUAAGAAAUAUUCAAUAAAACCUGAUUAAUAAUUUAUAA